GCCGCGGCCGGCUGCUGGCUGCCCCGUGCGAGACAUCAUGGGUGCGUUCGCGAGCGUGCCCGACGACUGCCUCGACAAGGCGUCCGACUGGUUUGAGAAGAAGGACUUCCUGUGCCAGCGGGCCGUGUCGCCCCUCGCGCGGGCCGCAGCGCGACGGGGGAUUAGGAGGAAAAUCGUUCCUCGCCCACAGCCCCCGAAUGCGUAUCCUCGCAAAGCCGACAGGCUGCCGGGUUUUGACCAGAAUCUGCGAGUCGUUCGCUUUGACCCGGGGCCCGCGGGCUUCGCUGGCGCUGUUGUGGCGCCGCUGGAGAUGAGUGCCUCGCCCCGCGCUGUGGAGGCGAUGGGAAGGGUGUUUGGGGCGGGCUGCACGAAUUUGGUUGCGUGCGGUGUAUCUGUUCAAUCAAUCGCUGCAUUGCACUCGUUCGUAACCUCAACGAAUGGCGGUCUGCUGGCGCUCUGCCUCACUGGUACUGCCGUGUCACCAGAUGCACUGUUCCUAAUGUGCCGAGCCUCGCCAAAUUUACUCCAUCUACGCGGCCCGCGAUUCGUGAGCACUCCAGAUGCUGCAAUCGCCGCCAUCGGCGAGGCCUGUCCCAAGCUACAAGACGUUGAUUUCUCGACCCUAGGCAGUCACCUCGGGCCCGCGGAAAGAUGGGGAAGAGUCUUUCCUCAGCUCCAAUCGCUAGUAGUCUGCCCCGAGGACCACGGCUACUACCAGCCGACGCGCCUCGACUACAUCGCGGAGGCUGCACGAGUCUCAAGCGCCGUGAAGCUGGACGUCGACGGCUGCAUCAUAACGGAAUAUUUCGUAGCGAGUAUCGUUGGCACCCCCGUCGGCGACCGCCUCACUCAAUUUGGCACGAGUCAUGGUUACAGGGACACUGUCAUAGAGCUGGAGGCCUUUCUUGCCGCGGCGCGCGGUUUCCCCAACCUAACGGAGUUGUGCAUUCCACAAGGAAUGACGAUCCCCAGUCCUCGCUUCAUCGAGGACCUUUCGCGCCUGCGCAAUUUCGAGAGCAUCUUCAUCGGCGCCGAUGGGGUGACAAAUGCGCACGUCCUUGCGUGUCUGCGCAACAAUAGUUUGAAGAAGCUGGAGCUCAUAUGGUGCUAUGAUAUCACCCGAGACGUCCUCGACGAUAUAGUCUCGACUCAGGCCGCGACGCUGGAAGAACUCGCUAUCAUCUUAUGCGCCGAAGAUAGUCCGCACGAUGACGACUUGUAUUAUCCGCUCGGAAUUACCUUCAGCGCGCUUCUCCGGCUCGUACGAGCGUGCCCAAAGCUCACAAAGCUCCACUGGCAACACGUUAGGAGAGAUGGAGAUGUGACGAGAUCGAUUCUUACGUCGGGAGGUACAAUGUGUGAGAUCCUCGCGGAAAGAGGUGGGAGAUUCCGCCACGACUGGACCUAAGAAUAUGUAUUGUG